AUGGACACCGCGGAUGUGGGGUUGUCUGCGGCUAACGGAGGGGGUUUGGCGGAGCCGACGACUGCUACGGCUGAUUUUGCCGAGAGAAAUGCGGGACGGAAGGGGAAGGCCGCCUCUCAGAGGAUGACGCGGGCGAUGUCGGCGGGGAAGAAGAUGUCGGAAGAGCAAGGGAAGGAGGCAAAAGGGAAACAGGACAAGACCGGCGGCAAGGGUAAGUCGGCGAAGAAGAAGGAGAGGGCAGAGGGGGAGGAUGAGGCGGGCGGCGAGGGAAAGAAAGAGCAUGAACGCAGGGGUCAUGGCAUCCGCCGCGACAAGUCGGGCGACGGGCUUGGGUGGGUGGGCGAGAUUAAGGUACACGGCGAGAAUCGGUACAUCGACAAGUCGCGCGAGAAGAUGGAGCUUGCCUACGAGCACUCGAUUGCAUACGUCGUCUACGACGGCUUCGUGAGCAAGGUGCUCAUGGACGAGCUCACCGUCUUGAAGCCGGGGGAGUUGGAGAAAUGGAAGGAGGUGUGGGAGGAGGUCAAGUUCUUGCCGACUGGGAUGUGGACGGUGAUGUGGGCCAGAGGCUUGUGCCAUCCGAAAGCAAGGUUCGACGAUUCUCUCGGCCGGUACCAUGGGUACAUGGGUUCGGGUGAUGCGCUUCAUGACGUGCGCUACACGGGUUCGGGUGAUGCGAUCUGGUUCCCCAUCGUUCCAGAUACGAAGGAGGGCAAGGCGGAGACGGACGUGUUCAUGUCGGCGAUGAUAAAUUGCGUGUCAGUGUGCGCGGCGUAUGGGAAGGUUGCGACGAGCGCAGCAUUUGGGAAGGUCGCUGCGAGCGCGGAGGGGAAGGCUGGAGAGAACGUGGAGUUGGAAGGAUCAGAGGGGAAGACGGAUGAGAAGACGGAGAUGGCGGCCCAGGUGUUAGCGACCUCCGCAUGCGCCCUCUGGUGCUUCAUCGAGACGGGGGCAUUGGUCCUCGAUGCCGUUGGUGAAGGGAAGGUGGCGGCGAUGGUGGCAGGCGCGGGUGAGAGGAGGGCCAAGGACUUCAAGAAGGUGAUGCACGCGGUGAUCGGCAUCUCGGCCAGAAGGUAG